AUGAAAUCUCUCCGGCUAUUGCCAUCCGCGCUCUUAGCGUCCCUCUCGGCCGCGUCUCCCGCCCAGAUCGUCCUGGAUGCCUCAUCCGGAAAAGCCGCACCCACACGAACAGAGGACAUAGGCGUUGGCCACUUUUCAGAAUGGUCGCGCGCAACCAAAAAGCAGUUUCUCGUUGACUGGCAGGCUGGGAAGCAGUCAGAAUGGGUGUUUGUCAUGGGAAACGAGGCUGGCGACCUGGACUCCAUGACUUCGGCCCUGACAUGGGCGUACCACCUUGAGCAUUCGACGCAGAAUACGAGUAAUCCAUCGAAGGCGAUUGCGUUGUUGCAGACCCAGACUGAUGCUCUAGACCUGAGGCCAGAGAACAAGUUGGCGUUGAAGAAUAGUAAGAUGACGAGCGGUCAUGAUGAUCUACUUACCAUGGACGAGCUACCCGAGGAUCCGGAGACGCUGGCGAUGAAGCUGAGAGGUAUAGUGCUGGUCGACCAUGCGAGUCCACUCCGGAAGUGGGAGCGGGCGAAAAUACUCAGCAUCUUCGAUCACCACGUGGACAAAGACACGGCUCCUGACGCCUCCCCCCGCGUCUUCGAGAAGGUAGCGAGUUGCACAAGUCUUGUAGCCCGCCAGAUGUUCGAUGAGUUCUACGCAUUACCUGAAGAAUACCACCUUCCGCACGAACUGCUCGAACUCAUUCUCAGCGCCAUAUCAAUCGACUCCGGAGGUCUGGAACAGGCAACACAAACCGACAUCGACACCGCAAAGCGCGUCUUCGAGCGCAGCCAAUGGGCCGACAAAGAUCUCUACGAGCAGAUGGAGGCGGUAGACGAGGUGCUCAGCGACGCAAAGAAAGACCUCGACGACCUUUCCGUCCGGGACCUCCUCCGCCGCGACUGGAAAGGCGAUCUCGUGGAUACGCCGUCUCCGCGCACCCCCACCGUUAGUCUGGGCUUCGCUUCCAUCCCGUACUCGCUGGACGAGCAAAUCGAGAAGACUGGCUUCGGAGAGCUCUUCCACUGGUUCGCGGUGCACGCUGCGUGGACCGCCUCAAUCAAUACAGACAUCGACAUCUGCCUCACCAAAUACAAGAUCAGAGAUGAAAACGGCAAGAAAAAGAAGAUCCGCGAGAUUGUGCUUACUGUGCGCGACGACGUGCGUAUCGAUAAAGUGCAAGCAGAUGCGCUGUUCAAGGCCGUGAAGAGGGCGCUGGAGAGCGAUAAGAGUCUGGGGUUGAAGAAGUGGCAUCGGGUGGACGAGUUGGCGCCGAGACAGAUGGUGUGGGAGCAUCAGUCGGGGGCGGGGAGGAAGAUUAUUAGACCGAUCGUUGAGGACGCGGUUAGGAAGUGGGAUAUGAAACAGGGGAAAGUGAUUGAGUAG